GUCGAUUGUCAGGACAUAAAAGUAUGGCAUCGCCUCCUCUAAGUCGAAUUUAAGCAACAAAAACACCAUGUCGAAAGUGAAAGUUCUAGUCGUCGGCUGCGGUGCUGUGGGCUUGUCUCAAGGGUAUCAUUUAUCCGCUGGUGCAGAUAUUACCUACCUCGUACGCCCCAGUCGCAAAUCUGCCUUCGCACCGCCAAAGCGACUCUAUUCAUACAGAGACAACCAGGUUUUUAUCUUUUCAUCCUACCACGUUAUCGAGUCUGUAUCCGAAGUUUCUGGGGAAUCGUUCGCCUUUAUCCUCGACACGCUAGAUGGUCACACCGCACGAUCAGAAGGCGGAGUGGCAACAAUCCAGUCAGUUGGCAACCUGAUCAACGAACCACAGAAUGCAGACUGCUUUGUAGUCUACGACGCUGUCAGCCUAGACAUGGAAGAGCACUAUGCGCGUAAUCUACGUAUUGCGCCAUCUCGACUCUUUCUCGCCCUGAGUCUGCUCGCGCACCAACCUUCGUCUGACAUUUCGAUCCCUACCUCAGCCAGCAAGGAUCUGAUUGCUAAAUCUGAUCUUCUUUACAUCGACAAUCCCCCAAACGUGGGCUUAAUGGCCUUUAAUACGCGUCCAGCACUGUUAAAGAAACUCCAAGCUAUCUACCACGUCAACGGAAACAUCACUGUAAAGAGUAUUCCUGCGUUUACGGCACCUUGGGCCCCAUUGAUCAUAGCAGUGCAGUUGGUUAGCUGGAACCUCGACGGGUUUGGGCCAUUUCAGCGGUUCCGCGCCAACAGUGAGCUCUGGCAAAUGAUGCUGCGAGCACAGCAUGAGGUUCUGAAUCUGCCUCGCUUUGGGUGGACAGGUUGGGUAAUGUCUUGGGUACUAGGGAGUUGGGUUACAGAGAAGAUGAAUCUAUCGUUGAUCAAGGGGGCGAAGCCUUUGGACUACGCAGAAUUCAAUGCUUUCCAUCAUGGUAGGAAGGUGUCCAGACAGGACCGGGCGAUUUUGGAGGAUCUGCUAAGUGAGGGAGAGAAAGAAGGGAGGAAGAUGCCGGCACUAAGGUAUCUAGUAAGACGGGCAAUGCAGCUGUAGUCUGGCAAAUGAGUUCAGGUUGGGCCGGGGUUCGAUAAGGUCACUUAAAUAUCCUUACCCCUACCCAGCCUCUACCCGCGCCACGGGCUGCUAGGCAGGGUCGGGGAUAGGUAUUCCAUAAUCAAGGUUAGGUGAGAUUUAUGUAGCCCUAUAAUGUAGCCUCU